AAGACUGUGCACGGUCGUGAUUGGGCGAUCAAGUACGAGCAGACAACGGUCACUCAUAGAGUAUAAAACAAAACCCGAGGCCGGUCCGGAAUUAUUGCUGUUUUUGUUUGCACACUAUAACGGCAGUAUGAAGAUCGGGGUAUUGAUAUUUACUGUGAUUGCAGCAGUGGUAUCUACGGUAACGGCACAAUCCGAUUUCUACGAAAACUAUUAUGAUAAUUUAGGAGAUUACCGAGAUAAUUACGGUGAUAUGUUCGACAACGAUAACAAUGGUUUCUAUGGAAUGCGCCCUAUGUAUGGGGGUGGCUUUGGGAUGUAUGGACGUGGCUUCGGGAUGAAUGGGCGUGGCAUGUAUGGUGGGUAUGGCAACAUGUACGGAAGAGGAUUCGGAAACAGUUUCUAUGGCAACCGAUGGAGUUAUCCUAGAAUGAACUACUAUCAGCCAUGGAAAAGAUCCUGGAUUAGACCAAGCAUGUUUAUGGGAUACUAGGGGAGAUUACUCGACAUAUUUCAUCACAGAAUAUUCUCUUUUGACGUCGAACACUCUUAUUCCGAAAAAAAAUAAAAUAAAAAGGGAGGUUCCUGUGUAUGCAGACAAAUUAGCGUGCUUAAAGUAUAAUUGAUAUACUGGUUCCUAUUAAUGAAGAAUUUCAAGAAAAUUACAUACACAUUCUGACGUUUAGUAGAGGAGUUACUUCCCUUUGUUAAUCGCCGCGGCGUUGUAGCAGUGUGGUUUAUAGACCUUUUCAUUUAAAGUAACUUAAAGAAUCCGUUUGAAGAAUUUUGCGACUAAUUUGCAAACUUUAAUGCAUUUCCUUGUAUCAAAAAUCAAAUUCAGUAACAUUUUAAAAUGCAAUUGUAAAAUACACUAAAACCACGGAAUUAGAUCCAAGUCCGUGCUUAAACUGAUAAUUAGAUAGAUAGAUACGGAAACAAAAAUAGAAUAAACAAAAAAGGGAC